AUGUUUAUGGUAAAACUGAUCCUGGAUGGGAAUUUGUUCAUAGAGAAUUUUAUACAAGGACGAGAUUUGGGAGCAUCAAUGGCAGUUUAUUAUGAAGGUAUACCAGUUGUUGAUCUCUGGGGUGGUUGGUUCGAUGAAUCAAAAAACAAACUUUACGAGAAUGAUACACUACAAAUUCCUUUUUCAGCGACAAAAGGUUUAGUAGCUACAGCUGUUGCAUUAUGUGUUCAAAGAGAAAAUACAACAGUUGCUGAUAUUCUUCCACAUCGUGCUGGAUUACCGAGAGAUAUUAGUCCUUUCGAACUCGCACUAAACUGGACAGUGAUUAUUCAUAUACUUGAAGAAAAAAACCCAGAAUGGAUACCUGGAACAGCUCAUGGAUAUCAUGGUUUAAGUUAUAGAUGGUUAGCGGGAGGACUUGCUCGAAGAAUUGAUCCAAACAAACGAACUUUCGGACAAUUCAUUCAAAGUGAAAUUACAAAUCCAUUAAAAAUCGAAUUUUAUAUUGGUUUAUCAAAAGAAAAAUAUAAUCGUAUAUCACCAUUAUAUUUUGAUUAUCAGCAAUCAGAAAUUCCAGGUGUCAAUGGAAUAACAAAUGCUCGAUUUGUUUCAAGACUUUAUGCUUCUUUAAUGCGUGACGUAAAUGAUCAAAAACAAAAACGAUUGCUGAAUGAAGAUAUUAUGAAGAAAGCAACCAGAUCAAAUACAUCUAAGAAUGAAAUUGAUCUCAUACGAGGUUAUUCUAAUGCAUUUUCAGUGGGAUUUCAAGUUUUUGAUAAUGAUUUAAAAACAUUUGAAUCAGGAACAUUUGGUCAUGAAGAUUUAUUUAAUAAAUAUUAA